AUCAUUAACAUUUAAACAUCAUUUCCGAUAUAGAAAGGAAAAAAAUAUGAACACAAAUAAUAGUAAUGACUUAAUGGACCAAAACUUACGGCAAGUGUUCAACUAUUGGGACACCGAUCGGUCGGGAUAUCUAUGUCGGGAUGAGUUACGGGAAUUAUGCGCCCGAUUUAACAUCAAACCGGACGACUCGGACGGCAUAUUUGACGACUUGGACCGGGACAGUGACGGGAGGAUCAGUUUUGAUGACUUUCGCACCGGUUUUGAUGACUAUGAAAAGGGUCUCAUUAUAACAGAUGAUAUCAAUCAUAACGAUAAUAAUAAUAAUAGUAAUAAUACGUCUGAAUGUUACGGAAACUUAAAGAAAGCGUUGGAAACGGAAGAUAUUACUGAAAAAUUUGCCGAAAAUGUUUACAAACCUAAAAAGAUGUUCAUUCAAAAUGAUUGUAAUACAUCAACUGGAUUUUCUGAACAUUACAUAUCUGAGCCACAAUCGGAUCAACAAAAUGAUCAGUCAGUCAUUGAGAAACUACUGGAAAGUGUACGCGAAUUACAAGAAGAAAAUAAACGUUUGGCCAACUCUUGGAUAAGAGAAAAGAAAGAACACGAAAAACAUUUGUUUCAAUUGGAACAGGAGGUCGACUAUCAGGUGAAGGAAGCAGAGAACAGGGUUCAGGAAAAGGCCAAAAAAGAGGUCGAAGCGGAAAAAAAGUCAAUGAGAGACCUAAUGAAGGGUGAGAUGGAAGAGCUUCAGUCUCACCUAAAUAUGUUUGAAAAGGUGGAAACGUGGCUCAAGACUAACCACCAGAAUCUGGCCGAAGAUCAGGUCAACGAAAUCCGAGCCAAAUUGGAUGAGUCGAUGCAAGACUCGAGACAAUUGAAGCUUUCAUUGGUAGACACACAGACAUCGGUGGCUUUAAUGAGGACAGAGUUGGCUCAGUUGCGUCUACAGUAUGACCACAAGUGUCGCGAGUUGACCACUCAAAUGAGUCGAUUCUCUGAGCAACAGUCUGAACAACAGCACCUCCAGCAACAGCUAAUGAUAUUGCAGGAGGCCAACAAACGACUGAAUGAUACCAACGAUGCACUCCGUAAUGUAUUGGACACUACAUCUCUUCAUUCAAUGCCGUCAUCGCCUGAACCUGUGAGAGGUUGUCAUAGCGUGUUGUCUCAUCAUAAAAGAGGAUCAGUUAUUGGUGACUAUAUUAAUAAUGAUGGACAGCAUAACAAAGAUAGACAUGUGUUUAGCAGGUUAUCGGAAACUGAAGUUGACUUCGAGUCAGUCUCUAUGGUUAGUGCCACAGACAGAGAUGCUAUAUCUUACCGUUCAUUUGCUUCCUGUCCGCCCAUAAGUGCCAUAAAACAUAUUGUUUCGCCCGACGAUAUGGAUAGUGGAUUGUCAUCAAUGAUGAACCGAUCUCAUCGAUCAUCGCCAUUACUAAUGUCGUAUUAUAAAAGAUCUGAUUCUUCAAAAAACGAUACAACUGUGCCAUUAAAUACUACUAAUACUACUACAGCUACUAAUAUUACCAGUCAUUCAAUUAGCAAUAUGAUCAGCGAACCUACCGGUCCUCCCGAACGCACUUACAAAGUCAUAUUCAUUGGCGACGCCAGUGUAGGAAAGUCGACAUACAUUCUUCGGCUAUCGAAAGGCUAUUUUGCCGCUCAGUUGUCCACUACGCUGGGCGUUGACUUCCAGGUGCGCACCUUCAGCUUCGACGGCCGCAAUGUGGCGCUCCAGUUGUGGGACACGGCUGGUCAGGAACGGUAUCGAAGUAUUACGAGAAACUAUUUUCGCAAAGCAGACGGUAUUAUGUUGUUAUACGACGUGACCAAUGAACAGACUUUUCUGAAUGUCAGGGAUUGGAUCUACUCUAUUGAGGAAGUGACCGCCAAAGGAGUUCCGGUGAUGAUUGUGGGCAACAAAGUUGACUUAAGGCCUACACUUCAGGCACAGGAUAUGAAAUACGUGAAGGCAGAGGACGGAUAUAAAAUGGCACAACAAUUUGGACUCAUGUUUGUCGAGACCAGUUGUAAGGACGGUAUGAAUAUUAUGUCAUCCAUUGCACAGUUGACUCAAAUUAUGACCCAAAAUGAGGAUAAUCUCAUACAAAGCGCACUAACCCUUUCAUCGGAUGGCAAACCAAAACGGUUUGGUUGUUGUAGUAAAUGA